UAUACAAUGGCAAGGUUUUCGAUGCUUGAAAAUGUUUCAUUGAUUCUGCUCAUAAAUCUAAUUAUAAUAACUACGACUACUACCACAGUGCUCACAAAUGAAAUAAUAACCACAUAUCAAUCAUGUUCAGCAUUUCAUCCAUCCAUGGAGAUUUCAAAUGACCUAGAUUAUGACAAUUCUACCCUUACACUCGCCUCAACCGAUUACGGCCUUAAAAUUCACGAGAAGCCUCUGGCUGUCCUUCAACCAAAGUCAAUAACUGAAAUAUCAGAACUAAUAAAAGUGUCAAACUCCCUUUCUACCCCUUUCACAAUAGCAGCACGUGGGCAAGCACACUCGGUGUACGGACAAGCGAUGGCGCGUGAGGGGAUAGUGGUGAACAUGACGCAUCUAAACGGUUACAGACACGGGAAGGGGGUUGUUAUAUUUCGCGAUGAGAAGGAUCCAUGGAAUUCUUAUGCUGACGUGGGCGGUGAACAGGUGUGGGAUGACGUGUUAAAUGCAGCACUUGAAUAUGGACUCACACCACUCUCGUUUACUGAUAGUUUGGGCACUUCUGUUGGCGGAACCCUCGUCAAUGCCGGAAUCGGUGCCCAAGUAUUCAAGUUUGGUCCUCAGAUCGCUAAUGUUUAUGAACUCGAUGUCAUUACAGGAAAAGGAGAUCUUAAGACUUGUUCUGCAGAAAAGAACUCAGAGUUAUUUUAUGGUGUUCUUGGAGGUUUAGGUCAAUUUGGAAUAAUAACGAGAGCAAGAAUAGCCUUAGGACCUGCGUAUACAAAGGUGAAGUGGCUUCGUUUGCUUUACAGUGAUUUCUCCACAUAUUCUAAAGACCAAGAAUACUUAAUUUCAUUGAAUGGAAGAAAUGAUAACGCAUUCGAUGCAGUAGAAGGUUUUCUUAUGAUAAAUCAGUGGCCGAAUAUCAUUGACUUUUUUCCAACACAAGAUCUGCCUCGCAUAAAUUCCUUAUUAGCCCAACAUAACAUCCUCUAUGUCUUGGAGCUUGCCAAAUAUUACGACAACAGUACUGAAGAGCAAAUUGACCAGGAUGUUGAACGUUUGGUGAUGGGGUUAAAGUAUGUUCCUACAUUUAAAUAUGAAAAAGAUGUGUUGUACCAGAAUUUUCUACAUAGAUAUGAGAGUGCAGCAGCAGGACAAGGACUUCCAGAAGGACCUAAAUCUUGGUUGGACACUUUUGUUCCAGGAUCUAGAAUCUCAGAUAUAAAUGAAGGUGUUUUCAAGAACAUUGUCUUUAAACAAAACCUUACUGCCAACGGAAUCAUACUAAUCUUCCCCAUGAACCGAACAAAGUGGAAUGAUAAAAUGUCAGUGGCUAUACCUGAUGAAGAAGUGUUUUAUCUCGUGAGUGUUCUGCAAGCAGUUACAUAUGAUACGUUGAAGAUGUUUGAUGAUCAAAAGAAUCAAAUAUUAGAGUUCUAUAAAAAUUCAGGCAUUAAAAUCAAGCAAUAUCUUCCACGAAACAAAACUCACGAAGAAUGGAUCGAGCAUUUUGGUUCCAAGUGGCAAAAGUUCGAGGACUCGAAGAAUAAAUUUGAUCCCAAAAGAAUAUUGGCUCCUGGACAAGGGAUUUUUCAAUUGAACAAUAAGAUAUGUAUGUUUUAAGUUCCAUAACAUAACACCUUUUAUAAAAUAAAUAAAAAGUAUACUUUUGUGAUAUGUAAGCUAUUUAUUUUCGUUUUUCUAAUAAAAUUAGA